GGAACGACUUUCCCUAUCCUUUAUAUGCGCGCCUGCGCCAGUGGGAUAGCCUACCGCUGCCUGUCCUUGCAGCAGCAGCCUCCGCCGCCUUUUCCACUUUCUAGCUGAGUUUGCCACCACCGCAACGUAUUUUCGCGUAAUAACACGGAGCAUGGAAGGUGACGGUGGCGCUGGGCACAGAGCGACGGCGCCAUGGGAUCUCGGGAUGCAGUGGGCGCCUCCUCCCGCCACGUCAGCAUACCCGCAGCACUUCAUGCCGCCGCCGCCUCCCGCAGCCAUGGCUAGCGCCCAGCGUCAGCAGCAGGAGCUCACGAGCCUCAAGCUGGGGAAGCGGCCUUGCUACCUGCCCGGGUGGCGGGACGGCCAGCUGGCGCAGGUGGGGGCGGCGGGCCACGUGGACGUCAACGGCGGCCGGCGUGCUGUGGCGGCGCCGGAGGGCAAGAGGAAGGAGAAGGCGGCGGCGGCAACGGCGACGGCGGCCGUGGCGAGGUGCCAGGUGGAAGGGUGCCACCUGGCGCUGGCGGGGGCCAAGGAGUACCACCGGCGGCACAAGGUGUGCGAGGCGCACUCCAAGGCGCCCAGGGUCGUCGUGCACGGCGCCGAGCAGCGCUUCUGCCAGCAAUGCAGCCGGUUCCACGCGAUGUCCGAGUUCGACGACGCCAAGCGGAGCUGCCGGCGGCGGCUCGCGGGGCACAACGAGCGGCGGCGGAAGAGCAACGCCAGCGAGGCCAUGGCCAGGGGAUCCGCGCACACACACGGAGUCACGUCGCUGGUGCACCUUUUCGCGCCGUACGGCGCCCUGCUGCCCGCUUCCCCGGCUGGUGCUCUCUCUCUUCUGUCAUCGGCCAGAGCCGCCGGCGCCACGCCCUGGCAGCUGAUCCCGACGGCGCCCGACGCGUUCCCCGCCGGCCGCUCCAGCAGCGCCGCCCUCGACGAGCUCAUCGCCGAGAACCGCGCCGCCCUCCUCGCGUGCCACUUCUUCCCCGACCGCUCCGGCCGGGGUGCGGAGUCGGUGCCCGGCAGCUGGCAGCACGCGCACGCGGCGCCUCCGCCGGCUCCAGCGGGCCACGUGACGCUGGACCUCAUGCAGGCCCCCACCGCGGGCGGGCUGCUCAGGCCCACCAUGCGCACGCCGGACAGGGCCUCCAGCAGGCCAGCCGAGGAUAUACCCGACGACGAAGCGGGCCGCGGCCCGGGCGUGUGGGCGCCCCUGCAGGGAGCCCAUGUGGCCUGACGUGUUGGGGUCUGGGGAGUAGUCCCGUGCUGGGCUACACGAUGCAUGCACGACGCAGACGGCAGGUAGUAGCGUGCUUCGUACCGGAGAUUUAUUUCGUACCGUGGGCGCGGCUGGAGCCGGCCCUGUUUUGGUCAUUGUGUCGACCGUGCAAUAUAUCGAUCAACUUGAGUUGGGACAGCGUCAUCUAUUCGUCUUGUAGCGGGUGCUAGCCGCAUCUUCUUCAUCAACAACAAGGGAAUUCUGCCACUAAACAUGAUUGGUUGAAUGAAAUAAUUGAGUCGGUUUGCGA